UGAGAGAGCAGCACAUUGUACCGACUCCACUCAAGACACCGAUCUGUGUUUACACCAGGGAAUAAAGGGAGCACAUCAGAGACAGAGACUCUGACGACUGCAGCAGGAUGUCAGCUUACAACUGCUCUUUUGAUCUAAUGGCUGAAAAAGGCAGUUGGCUUUGUCCUCCGGAGGAAAAGUGUGUCAAUCUGACCUCUGUGGUAAACGGAAGCCACAUCGAUCUGGAUGACGCAUGUCUAACAGAGGAAGGGUACCUGGAGAAAUAUCUGGGGCCUCGUCGAUCAACUGUGUUCCUCCCCAUCUGCCUCAUCUACCUGGUCAUCUUCCUGGUAGGUGUGGUGGGGAAUGUGUUGACGUGCACUGUAAUUGCACGCAACAAAGUGAUGUGGACGCCAACAAACUACUACCUGUUCAGCCUGGCGGUGUCAGACCUGCUGGUGCUGCUGCUCGGCAUGCCGUUAGAGCUGUAUGAGCUAUGGCAGAACUACCCCUUCCUCCUGGGGAAGGGCGGCUGCUACUUUAAAACAUUCCUAUUCGAGACUGUUUGCUUGGCGUCUAUCCUCAACGUUACAGCGCUGAGUGUGGAGCGUUACAUCGCUGUGGUGCACCCGCUUCGUGCAAAGUACGUCGUAACGCGCACCCAUGCCAAGCGGGUCAUCCUUACAGUGUGGGGUGUGUCUGUGUUGUGUGCUUUGCCAAACACAAGUCUGCAUGGGAUCGACGUCCUUCACAGUCGCCUCAGUCGCCCCGAUGGGAACAUUACUGUUGAGAUCCCUGACUCAGCGAUCUGUACAUUGGUGAAACCACGCUGGAUGUACAACCUGACCAUCCAGGUGACCACCUUGCUAUUUUUCAUGCUGCCCAUGCUCACCAUCAGCGCCCUCUACAUGCUCAUCGGGCUGCAGCUGAAGCAGGAGAAGAUGCGUCAGACACUGGAGGCGAAGACGGGCUUUGGACAGGACAGCUUCUGUAACAUCCGAACACAGCAGCAGAAAGCACGUCGCCGGCAGGUCACCAAAAUGUUGUUUGUUUUAGUGGUGGUUUUUGGGAUCUGCUGGGCCCCAUUUCACACGGACCGCCUCAUGUGGAGUUUCAUCAAUGACUGGACCGACAGCCACCGGGAAAUUUUCCAGUAUGUGCACAUCAUCUCUGGAGUGUUUUUCUACCUCAGCUCAGCGGUCAAUCCCAUCCUGUACAACCUCAUGUCCACACGUUUUAGAGAAAUGUUCAAGGAGGUCAUGUGCCAUCGGCCACAUCACAUCACGCCCAGAAAACAUUCGCUCAGUGUCACGCGGGUGACACUCCGCAGCACACUGAGUGAUGUGCCACUUGGCAACGGAGCCGCUGUUGUUGAAGCCGAGGCAGAAGAUGGAGACGUGCGGAUGAAAGACGAGACCACUUUUACGUGUUAAACACAAAUUAAAGAGGAAAAUGGCAAUCUGUUUGGAAAGACUGUCCCGUUCUGAGCUACUCCAUCCGUCAACUAUCAUCAUCAUCCACUUUGAACAGGUGCAUCAGCGAAAAAGUGUUCAGAUUAUGCUGCUUUUAAAAACUUCAUCCAUAACUCACCAACUCAUAUACUGAAGUUAAACUCCAGACCCUUUUUAAAUGCUUUUACACUAUAAUGUCAUCUCAAGUUUGCCAACAAAAAUAACUUGUUCACUGUAUAAAAGCCAAAUGAAAUGAAAAGUCGUGUUUCUUAGCAAUUCAGUUUCAGUGAUGACAAAACCAUUUACAGAAUGAGGUGGAUCAGUGAGUACAUAAGUCAGUCCAAGCCAGAGAGAGUUUGGUCACUUUUUAUAUACAUGUAUUAUAAAUACAGUAAGUAAAUGUGAAACACAAUACCGUAAAGUAACAAUGAAGUGUAUAAAAGUAUAAAAAUGGUGAUGGAUGGAUAUAAGAUAAUACACACUGAAUGUUCUGUUUUGUUUAUGAUAAUGCUGCUGUAUUUAUAUAUGAUGUAAGAGGAAAGCUACGUUUUAUGUACAGUGUAUUUAUAUGAAAUCAUUUGUGUUAUACAUGUCAAAGUUUCUUAUCACUUGUAACGACUUUUAACGUGGAAAUGAUGUUGUAUGUAUCUAUUUUAUGAUCGUUUUUAGCUAAUGUAAAGUAUCUUUGAGUACUAUGAAACAUAUUAAACAUGUUACUAUUGUUCUAUAAGGAUAGCCUAUAUAAUGUAUUCAUGUUCAGAUAACAAAAAUGCUUGUCAACCUUGUGUACUAUUUUCACUAGUGUUUACAUGUGAAAGUUAUUUAUGCCAAAUGUCUUAAAGGAGAAGUCCG